AUGUCAUCCUCAAGAGGUCGUAACUCAAACCAGAGGAGCCCUCAUGUCCUGGUGACUGACUCCCGAGAUCAACAACCGUCCGCACAGCCCCGUCGCCGUCGCUCUCCAACUACCCGCUUCAUCACCGUCGACAAUGUCCUCCAAUAUGCCUCCGAUAUACCAUCAAUGCAACAACGGAACCCGCCCGAUUCAGCGCGAAUACGACCGCGAUCCCGACUCGCAUCAGCAGCAGGCGGAUUAAUUGGAUCAAGCGCGGGACAUGGCGGUCGGAGUACCGGUAGUAGAACCAAUGCAUCGAGCACGGCAGCCGCAAUUGGACGAUUAGCAGCGCAACCACAACUUCCCCCUCGCUCGACUAAAGUUAGCGAGAAACUCGUGCUGCUCCCCGAGGAAGGAGUAGAACCACAGCUUGAGGAGGAAGAGGAGGAGGAGGAGGAGGAGGAGGAAGAAGAUCACGAAAUUGGCGAUGAGACGGUCGACGAAGAGUUGGUACAGCGGGUUGCGAGGGAGAAGAGUCUCGAUCCCGACUCCGUGAGGCACACGCUGCUAGCGCAGAAGAAAAGACUGCAUGGCGAUUUUGGCGUCGAUAAUGACCUGGCUCCGCUCCUGGCGGAGGAGGAUAGGCUGCGCCGCCGGGUGACUGGACCAGAGAGGGCGAAGAGUUAUGCGGAGAGAUUGCCCAAGGCCCGUCGCGCGGAGAAAUUGGCCCGUGUUACGGCUUACUGCACUGCGCAGGCUUAUAAGAUGAGUUCUAUUUCUUCGUUCGUCAGGGAUAGACACGGCGGCAGGACGAAAUUGUAUGAUGAUUGUCUGUAUACUGCCUAUCAUCUGCCUUUGCUCCAGGGAAAUGACGGAUACAGAGUGCGGAGCAGUCCAGUCGUGAAGAAGCCUGGUGGCAAGUCAUUGUUGGAUGAGGAGAUAGAGCGCAAUGAGUUGCGAGAUUACCAUGACGAGUAUAUGGAGUCCACAGAGCACGCUGUUUUCGACAGUCGCACCCAUGCUGAUGACCACGAGGAGCAUGCGCAAAAUGGGCACCAUGAGGUCGCAGAUGUCCAUCACGACACUACGAGCGACGACCAUUUAUCCUCUAGUAGCGCCGGACCCACGAGCCUUCCAUACAAUGUCGCGGAGAUGUUCGUAUUCAGCUAUGGGGUAGUUGUAUUCUGGAACUUGUCUGCGAAGCAAGAAAAGGAUAUUCUUGCCGACCUGGCAUUUGCAACGUCGUCUGCGACUGGCUCGCCCAUAACCCUUGCAACGUUGCCUCUCCUAGAAGAGGACUUUGAGACCGAGGAGUUCCAUUUUGAGUACUCGACAGAGAUCUCCCGCCCGCGCGUUUAUAACGAUAUGAUCACUUUGCGAAGCGGCGACCACAUGAUCAAGCUAGCCAUAAGUCAUGGUAUAGCGCAAAGCACGAAGCUCUGUUUCUUCGAAGAAGUAAUGGCCCGCCAGAUGGCUGAGGCCAAGGACGUGCCGCGUCGUCUUGCCAUUAAUGGAACACUAGGCAUGAAGCGAGAGGAAGUAUUCCGCAUCUUAGGAAAACUAUUCAAGAGCCGAGUCGAGGUUAAUCUUUCUUCAAAUGUCCUCGACGUCCCAAACUUCUUCUGGGAAAGCGAACCAACCCUUUACCCACUCUACAUCGCCGUUCGCGAAUACCUCGAAAUCAAACCGCGAAUCCAAGUCCUCAAUGAGCGAUGCCGCGUCUUCUUAGAUCUGGCUGAGAUACUCUCUGACUCUAUCGCUGAUAACAAGACAUCCCACCAAACGUGGAUCAUCAUUGUCCUAAUCUUCAUUUCCAUUGUUGUCACCAUCUCCGAGGUCUUCCUCCGAUUUGGCCUCCUUUCCGCAGGGAAGGGCACGUCCGCUGCCGGAUUCGGCGCUGGCUUGGUCGCCAAAGCUCUACGUGGUUCCCCCUCUUCUCAAGCCUGCAACUGCGCUUGUCCAGAUGUUAUGAACUCGGGUGCGAAUUUCUCAGGAUUAACCUAG